CAGGUAAAAACGCUUUAGUUUAUAAAAUUAUUAAUUUUGUGUUUCUUGCAUACAAGUGAAUAUACCUAUAUCAAUUAAUAUCAGCAAUAAAUUAAUAAUGGAUGAUUUGAUGGAAAUAAAAUAUGAGACACAAAAUUAUGAAGAAAAUCAUCAAAAAAUUGUUGAAAAUAAUGUUGAACAAUUGAAUGACAGUAAUGCAAUUGUUAAACAAGAAAAUUCAUACAACAAUGAUAACAAAAAUAUAAUGUUUGUUGAAGUAGAAGAAUAUAAAACAAUGGACAGUGAAUAUUUAAACUUAUCAACAACAUCAGAUAAUUUAGUAUUACCAGAAGCAUCAAUAAAAGCAUCAGAUAAAACCUACAAACUAGCAUGUGAAAAAUUCUAUCAAUGGACAAAAAAUAAUAACAUACGUACCCUAAGUGAAAAUAUCAUAAUGAAUUAUAUAAAUUAUUUAAAAAAUGAGCUAACAAUAAAUUCACUAAUUGAUCAUAUGACAGUACUGAGAACAUUUAUUCAAAUGAAUUAUAAAAUUGAUAUUAAUACAUAUGAAAAAAUUAAUAAUUUAUGGAAUAAUAUUUAUGAUAAUCCUCAUAACACAAUGGAGUCAUCAACAGAAUCAAGUAAUAAUGGACAAGCUAUAUUUACACUAGAUGAUAUACAAAAAUUUUUAACAGAUGCACCAGAUUAUCAUUAUUUACAUUACAAAGUUUAUUUAAUUAUUGGUACUAUUGGAGCAUGUAGAAUGAGCCAUUUUCGUGGUAUAACAUUGGAUGAUUUUGAUGAUGAUGGAAGUAAAGCUGUUAUGAAUUUGAAGGACACCUUUCAGCCAAGUUUAAAAAAAGUUAUAACAAAUGGAUCUUAUAAAAUAUUUAAAAAAUAUAUUAAUAGUAGACCAAUUCAUGUUGAAACAAAAAUAUUAUUUUUGUAUUAUUCAAAAGGUGGAUGUUUACAUCGUCCAAUUGGUAAGGAUAGAUUUAGAGACAUGACAAAAGAAAUAGCAAAAUAUCUCAAAUUAAAAAAUCCACAUAAAUAUGAAGGUAAAACAAUGCGUUCAACAUCUGAAAUGUUAAUAUCAAAAUUUGGAAAUAGACUUACAGAAUUAAUUCAGCCACAUUGUAAUUAUGAAAUACCAUCAGUAACAUCAUCAAGUAUUGCUGAAAAUAUAUUAAAUGAAAAUUCAAAUGACAUUGAAAUUUUAUCAGAUGGUAAUUCGAAUUAUUCAUUGACAAAUGAUGCUGAUGGAAAUACAAUGGAAUCAUCAUCAAAUACAUACAGCGAAUCAAUUGAUACUGAUAAUUUUAAUGAUAAAUCAAAGCCAUCAAAUAUUAUUGAACAAAAUGAAACAUUAUUUGUUGAUGUAAAAGAUAAAUCAAAUGAUGGAAAUGAUAAAGAAAUAAUAUUUAUCGAUGAAAGUAGUAAUGAUGAUGAUUUUCAAAGUAAUAUUGAUACAUCAGAUCCAUUAUUAAAACAAAAUUGUGCAUUGUCUACAAAACCAUUACGUGAAAGUUCAAAUAAAGUGUAUGAACAUAAAUAUAAUAAAUUUAAAGAAUGGAUGAAAUUUGAAAAAAUUAAUGAUAUAACAGAAGAUGCUGUUUUGAAAUAUAUUGAUAUUAUGAGAAAAAAAUUUGCACCAGCUACAGCUUCACAAAAUGUUACAAUGCUUAGAUAUACUAUUAAUAAAUAUCAUAAUAUUGAUAUUUGUAAUUAUCCAUUAGUGCAAUGUUUAGCUAGAGAAUUACAUUUUCUUUGGAAAAAUAAAAUAACUAAUAAAUUAUUUAAUUUGCAUGAAAUUCAAACAUUUUUAUUAAAUGCACCAGAUAGCCCAUUUUUAUUAAUCAAGGCAGUUAUUAUUAUGUGUUUAACAACACCAUGUACAAAUUUUAGCUGUAGUAAUAUGACGAUAAAUGAUAUUGAAGAUACAGGCAGUGAAAUAAAAUUAAUAAAAAAUAAAAGUCAAUCAAAUAAUCAAGAAAUAAUAAGUGGUAAAUUAUAUAGUAUAUUUAAAAAAUAUAUAACACUAAGACCAGUAAAUGCUCAAACAGAUAAAUUAUUUGUAUAUUAUCAUAAAGGACAUAAUAAAUUAGAAGCAUGUGGAAAAAGGAUAUUUGAAAGAAUGUCAAAACAAAUUGCUGAAUAUCUUGAAUUACCAAAUUUAUAUGAAUAUGGAGAAAAAAGUCUUUUUUAUACUGCUUUAUCAUUGAGACGUAAUUGUAAUGUUGAUGGAUUAAAUAAUUUUAAUUAUAACAUAUUUAAAACGAAAGCGUCAUUAGCAUUAUCAUCACCAUUAUCAUUGCCAGCAGCAAAUAAUUUUAAUAGUGGUGUGUCAUUAGUUGAGCCUAUAUCAACAUCAACAUCAGCAGCAGCAAAUAAUUUUAAUGGCGGUGGGUUAUUUGUUAAGACUCCAUUGACAUCAUCAGCAACAGCAAAAAAUAAUUGUAAUGAUGAUGGGUUAUUUAUUGAGCCUCCAUUAAAAUCAUCAGUAACAACAGAUAAUUGUAAUGAUGAUGUGAUGGUUAUUGAGCCUCCAUCAACACCAUCAACAGUUUCUACACCAUUAAUAGCUUCAACAGCAUCAACAGCUUCAACAGCAUCAACACCAUCAACAACAACAAAAAAUAAAUUUAAUAAUGAUAGAUUAUUCAUUGGUACUGCAUCAACAUCAUCAGCAACAUCAACAUCAAUAAAAUUCUCUAAAAAUAAUAAUAAAAAUUCUGAACUUGUUCAGAUGAUUCCUUCAAAAUCAACAACUCAAGUUGAACAAUCUGCCAAUUCAACAUUAAAAACGUCGAAUAAUUCGACUAAUGGUGUUAAUAAAGUAUUAUUAAAACCAACUGCUGAACUAUUUACAUCAGCUGAUAAUAAAACUCUUUAUAUUGAGAUUAGUAAUUCCAAGGGAAUGGAUGUUUGUAUUAUUCAAAAAUAAUUAUCAUUUAUUGUUUUAAAUUAAAUAAAUCAUUCGUUAAAUGAAAUUAAUAAUCAUUGUAUAAUGCAAUUGUAUUUUUAUAGUAAAAUUGAAAAGAGACUUAUGACAUUUAGGAUAAUAAUAAAUGUAGAGGCAAUGUAUAACUAUAAUUAUCUUGAAUAAUUUAUCCACAUGUAGGUAAUUAUAGAA